AAGAAAGAAGAAGAAUUUAAUGGUUAUCUCAGUUAUACUAUUUUAGAAAAUUAAAAAUCCUAAUUUUAAUUGAAAUAAUUCAUUAAAAAUGUUCAAUUCAGUGGCGUUUUUGAGACCCUCGAGGGUUUUGAUUGUCCAAGUUAAUGGAUUCAAACAUUUUCCUGCUCCUGCCGUAUUCGAUCACAUAGAAAUUCCGGAGAAGCCGAAAUUAAAAUUUAUAGACAAAGUUCCUCAAUUACCUCCGGCUAUCAAACCUCCGAAAAUGCAAAAGAAAUUACGAUUUAUGAGAGGUCCAGAAGAGGUCCACAACUUUCUACUACACAAGCAAUACGGAAUUAUGGCAUUAGGAGGAGGUCGUUUAAAGUGGGGCCAUUUCGAGAUGAUGCGGUUAACAAUCGGUAGAAAGAUGAACAGCAAUAAAAUGUUUGCUUUAUGGAGGGUUGAUGCACCUUGGCAACCAGUUACAAAACAGGGUCAAGGUCAACGUAUGGGUGGAGGAAAAGGUGCAAUAGACCAUUAUGUAACUCCAAUUAAAGCAGGUCGAAUUAUUCUAGAAUUAGGUGGAAAAUGUGAAUUUACAGAAGUGCAGGGAUUUUUACAGGAUGUUGCUAUGAAAUUACCAUUCAAAGCCAUGGCAGUGUCUCAAGAAAUUUUAGAUGAAAUGAAACAUAAGGAAAAUUGGGAGGAAAAGAAUAACCAGAAUCCGUAUACCAUGAAAUAUUUGAUUCAGAAUAAUAUGGGAGGUUGUUAUAGGUGGUUAUCCCCUACUGAUAUGCGUUAUUUUUGUAAAUAUACGUAAUUUGUGAAUUAAUAAAUGUUUUAACUUAUA